AUGCUCGCCGACAUCAUCGGAUUGGAGCUCGACCUGAAGACUGUCGACUUUGUUAAACUAGAGCAUAAGUCUCCGGAGUACACCAAGUUGAACCCAUUGGGUACCAUCCCGGUGUUGGUUGACGGUGAUUUUGUGCUAUCAGACAGCCAUGCUAUAAUGAUCUAUCUGCUGUCGAAAUAUGGCGGAGACAAGAGCGAGGCGCUGUACCCAAGCGACCCGCACAUGCGCGCUGCUGUCAACCAGAUCCUCUUCUUUGAUGCCAGCGUCUAUUUCAUCAGACUCAAAGUUGUUGCAUUGCCAACAAUAAUGGAAGGUAUGAAAAGUCCCACUGAGAAGCAUCUAUCGGAUAUCGAAGAGGCGUAUAGUUUUUUAGAGGCAUAUUUGUCCAAGCACCAGUACAUUGCAUGUGAUGAGUUCACUAUUGCCGACCUGUCAGUCGGGGCCACUACCGCCGGGAUGCAAGGGAUAUUGAAACUGGAUGCUAACAAGUACCCUCGCACUUUCGAAUGGUUCUCCAAGCUCGAGCAAGAACCGUACUUCCAGAAGUUCGCCGUUUAUGGUGCAGCCGCCCUCGCCAAAACUUUGCAACUAUUCUGGAAUAAAAAUAGCCAAGAAUGA